AGUGAAAUUUACUUUUAGAUUUUUAAUCUGCAAGUAAUAUGGAUAAAAAUGUGCUGCUGCCGAAGACUGCUAAAUUUGGGACGUAAAGUGAAUAUAAUAUGUUUUAAUGGGUAAACAGCUAAUAUUAGAACGUUUGGGGGCUGAGUGCCAUUUUUUGAAAUACUAUAUAGCAGAACAGAGCGCCAUUGCAGAAAUCUUCUAUAAACCCUAAAUCGCAAAUCCCUCACAUUUUCUUCUGAAACAUUUCUUCUACUCUGGCCAUGAGUUUACUCGCCAGAGUAAAAUAUUCCGGCGGAAGGCGGCUCCUCUCCCUCCGCCCAUCUACGGCGCUUCAACAAUCGGAUUUUCAUUCAACCAGAAGUGCUAAUGCCAGCCAAAAGACCCAAAAAUCGACCACUCCCAAAACCCGGAAAUCGUCUGAGCCAUCAUCAGCAAUUGCUUCUCAGAGAACCAAAAAACAGGCUUCGCCGCCGCCAACUGUUUGGCCGAAGCCGGUGGAGAUACCGUAUCAAGCAAAAGUUUCCAAUUUCGUGAAUCUGAUAGGCCACGUGGCAGCCCCCAUUCGAUUCGAAGAGGCUUCUGAUGGCAACCAAAUUGCCGCCACUGUGAUUUCUCAACCAAACAGCGGUGAGAAGAACCCUCUGUUGACUCCUGUUUUGUUCGGAGGUGAUUUAGCUCAUGUUGUGGCUUGUCAUGUGAAGGAGAACGACUGUGUGCUCGUGUCGGGGCAGUUGAGCGUAAGCCCGAUACGGUUUGCGCUGAAUGAUAGUCCAGUGAAGUUUCAUGUUGUGGUGGAAAAUAUUAAUUUUGUCCAGGGGCUUAAGAGGAAUGCUUCUGAUCAUAAAUUAGAGGUCUCGUUUUCGUCUCUGGAAAUCGACAAGCCUGUGGCUGGAAAGAUUGAUGAGGUUAUAGAGAAGAUGGAGAACGAUGAUGACUUUAAUCAGCAGUGGCAAAACGCGUUGGAGCAUGCGAAGGUGAAGGUAGUUUCAGGCGAUAAUGAUUGGGCGUCGUCGAAUUCUGUUACCCAGCAAUUGGAUGCGGAUUCCGAUGCAAUCUUGAAACAUGUAGAAUCUAAUUGGGAAAAAUGUAAUGACAAGAGUGUGGAGUGGGCUGUUGACAAGAAGAAACAUGGUGAUCUGGCGUUGGAUUUUUGGAGUGAUCUUGUGAAAAACCCGUUGUUGUGGUGGGAUUAUCGUAAUCACAAGUCUAAUGGACUGGUUAAGGAAAAAUUCCCGGAUUUUAAGCACAAGGGAACCGGUAAGGCACUAUGGGUGAACGAUGCUCCGAAAUGGGUGUUGCCCGAUCUUGAGAAAUUGGAGUUUGAUGUUAAGGUUAUUAGUGCGAAGCCCGUGCAGGGAGUUUCUGAUGGGUCCAAUGGAAGGAAAAGCUUUGGUAAAGGGGAAGAUUCUUGGAAGAAUUUGGUGGAAAAUCCGAAUAAAUGGUGGGAUAAUAGAGCAGACAAGCGAAACCCUAGAGCACCCGAUUUUAAGCACAAAGAAACAGGUGACGGGUUAUGGCUGAGCGACUCGCCGAGUUGGGUUUUAACCAGGCUGCCACCAUUGAAAGAUGGCCAAAGUACCGGUAACAAGUAUGCACCGGCUCUGUGAAGGUUAAGAAGGAGCUUCUUUGAUUGUUUCAGGACAUAAAUUCGUAGAAUCAGGGCAAUGUCUAAACUUACAGCUGUCGACGAUAAGUACUUUCUAAUCAAAAGCAUUUUGGUUCUCUCUUCUUUUUUCC